AUGUGUUGCGGAUGUCAUCAUCCGAUAGCCGAUCGCUAUAUUAUGAGAGUUAUGGACCACUCAUGGCAUGAGACGUGUCUUCAGUGCGCUGUCUGUCAAAUACUUUUGACACAAACCUGUUAUAUAAGGGAUAGAAAGCUUUACUGUAAAUCUGAUUACGAUAAAUUAUAUGCGGCCAAAUGUACCGGUUGUCUGGAGCCGAUAGCACCCACCGAACUGGUAAUGCGAGCCCUCGAUCAUGUCUAUCAUAUCAACUGUUUUCUGUGCGUCGGCUGCGGCCGACAGUUGCAAAAGGGCGACCAGUUUGUCAUACGUGCCGGUCGGCUGUUUUGUAGGCCCGACUUCGAAAAAGAGAUGGCACUCAUUCAUAUGGCAAACAGCGGCGGCCGACAAGAGGCCAGUCCGAUACCUGGCGGCGGCACACCGAACGGCGGCCAACAGCAGUCGUUGCCAUCGAUGAACGGUACACCACCGCACCGGCAGGACGGCCGACGGGGACCGAAAAGGCCGCGUACUAUACUGACAACUGCCCAGAGACGGGCGUUUAAGGCAUCGUUUGAAAUCAGCCAAAAGCCCUGCCGAAAGGUAAGGGAAACGUUAGCUAAGGAAACGGGUCUAAGUGUUCGGAUAGUUCAGGUGUGGUUUCAAAACCAAAGAGCAAAAUUAAAAAAGAUACAGAGAAAACAGCAACAAAUUCAGGCCACACAGGGAGGAGGAGGAGGAGGCGUAGGAGUAAUAGGUGGUGGCAGUGAGUCGGGCGGUGGCCUACACAGCCAGUCGUCGAUUAGUGGCGAUAAAUCCAAAGGUGAUAAUACAAGCUAUUCAUUAGAUAUGUUAGACAAUGAUACCAGCAAUUUGACUGCAGAUGAUGACGACGACGACGAUGACGACGAUUGUUCAUCAGUUGGCGAUUCGCCACAGUUUUCACUGCCGCCGUUGCACUACAUGAGCCACAGUCCUGAUGAUAUCGUUUGUCGUACAGAAUCCUAUUAUUCGCCGCAAGACGAUGGCUACACAAAAAGCGAACUGGCCAUGGAUUCAGAGACCAGUUUGGGUGGUCUCGAGGAUGUACUGAUCAACCAGAGUGGUGGUGGUGUUGGCGGCGGCAAUACAGUCAUCAGCAUCGGUGGUGGUGUCGGUGGCCUAUCUAUAAUAGGAGACAACAACAACAACAACAACAAUCCUGUAGUAUCAUCGACAGCGGCAGCCAUACAUCAUACAGAUAUCAGUGGCCAUACGGCGUCGACAUUGUUUGGCGGACCGACAUCGAUGACACCAAUUGAUAAACUAUAUUCAAUGCAAUCGUCUUAUUUUAAUUCAGGAGAGUGUGAAUGUUUAGGUGCACCCAAUUAAACACAUUAUAUAAUAUAUAUA